AUGUCGGCUGCAAAUGCGAUCAGUUCUCCCGAAACAAAUAAAUGCGAUAAGCCAUUAUCAACAUCCGGGAAUUACCAGUGCAUCGUCUGUUCAAGACAGUACAAAAGACGCGAGCAUCUACAUCGGCAUCUGGCGAGCCAUACGUCAGAACGGCAUUUUCGCUGCGAAUCCUGUGCGGGAGCAUUCCAGCGGGCCGAUGUGCUCAAGCGUCAUACUAGAACCUGUGAUGGGCAGCCAUCUCGGGCUGGGGCUAGACGACGCGCUUGCGACCGUUGUGUUCGGCAAAAGAAAGCGUGCAGUGGAGGGCAACCCUCUUGCACAGCGUGCUCCAAGAAGAAAAUUCUUUGUGUUUACUCUGCGCCCGAGUCGGGGAAAACUACUAUUCAAACAGAACCAAGGGCUUCCUUUCCCACCUCAAAUGUGCUCCUAGGCCAGCAUGGAAGCAACUCGAUAUUUCCGUUCGGUAUAACGGGGCCUGAAUCGGCUGAACUCGGUACAGGACUAUUCGACAACCUCCUAUGCCAGAGUCUUUUGGACGAUUCAAGUUCAAGCUGGGAGAAUUAUCUCCAUUUGAUGUCAACAUCUCAAGUCCAGGUUCCCUGUCAAACGAGCGAUGCCCAUUGUUUGCCAUUUCUCCAUCGCUUCACAAGCAAUACCGGACUUGUUGCUAGCUUUGAGUGUGGCACCCAAGAGCAGAGAGAACAAAUCGCCUCGAUGCUAGAACUUGGAAGCUCCGAUAUGGUGCCAAACACAGAAUCUUCUAGUCUUUCCUCGCUUUCCCAGGUGUUUUCGCCACCGCUUUUGGAAAACCUCAGCGAUCCGAGUACUGUUGAUUGCAUCCCGCACAACUGGCUGAGUGACCCCCUUUCUCUCAAGACUCAUGAAAUCUUGCUCCUGGUGGAAGAAGUUGUCAGGAUCAAGCCGCGAAACAGUUCCGUGACACUGGACUGGUCACCAACUCUGAAGAAUGCGUGCCUGCAAUUUUUUUCGCCCAGAAACCUGCGAAGAUGCCUGGAGUUCUAUUGGUCAAUUUGGCACCCGAACGUGAAUAUUAUUCAUAGACCAAGCUUUGACGCUGUCUCAGCGAAACCUGCUCUUCUUGCGGCAAUGGCACUCAUGGGUGCUUGUGUAUCUCCCGACAUGCCAGAUAACGAAGACGCACGGAUGUAUUUGAAUUGCGUCGAAGAGAUCGUGUUCAUCGACAAUGACUUUAACAGUGAUCUGAGCUAUUCAUCAUCGUGCAGCCUGGCUCACCACCGUUCUAAAAUACAGAUCCUCCAAGCGGCAUACAUAGUAUGUCUGUAUCAGAAUUGGGAGGGCUGCGAGAGCUCUAAAUGCCGCGUGCGUCGUCAUCGAUUCGCGACACUCGUAUCAACCGCAAGAGAUAUCGGGAUUGCCACAGCGACGCACCUCGACUAUACAUGCUUGAGCCGGGCCGAAUUUCAAUGGAAGGAAUAUUCAGCGAGAGAGGAAAUUAUCAGGCUAUUCACUUGGACCUUUCUACUCGAUACUGCCUUUGUCAUAUUUAACAACCUCCCACCUCGCAUGCUCUUCAAGGAGAUGAACAUGCAUUUCUCCACACCCGAAACAUGCUUUCAAGCAGAGACCUCGGAUCAAUGUUACCAGCAAAUUCUGAUACAUCUCCCGGUGGGAAGCCCAUAUUGGAACCUUUCUUUUCGCCGUGCCUUCGAGGCGCUUUCCAAAGACUAUAAUUCCCCGACAACGUGCACAUCAAUUGCCAACUUGGGGCCGCUCAAUAUGUUUGCUCUCGCUUCUGCGAUCCACUCCCAAAUCUUCCAGUACCGCAGUUCAUUGAGCACAUAUCAUAGUCUAUCCCCAAUCCGCAACACUUUACACAACUGGCGUGACGCCUGGCAGGCAUUUGUCUUAUCACCUGCUUCCAGCAUACCGCCCCACGUGCUCGUUCUCGAGGCCGACCUGAAUCCCAGGAACAUGUGGAAGAGGAAUGGGUUUUAUCGAAAUUGUGCUGAAUAUUGGCUUUUGGCAAGCCUUAUGGCUGAUCGGCUUGCUAUGUCUGACACAUUGUCCAAUGCAACCCCGGCUCUUGCUCAUAAUAGCGCGUUAGAUCCGAUUCUGGAUAAAUAUGAUCAGACUAGUAUGCGGCAGAUUAAUGAUCUUAUUACGGGGUUUCAGAGCUUUCAGCUAUGA